AUGGGUAAUAAACGGAAAUUUGUAGCACCAGAAGUUCCUUCUAAAAAUCAUGCUCCUGUGGAAGUAAUUGUAGAGGAUGCAACAAAUCAUCCACUGUGCUUGCAUGGUCCAACGUUGCUGUUUGCCAGUGAUAAAGGCCGUUUUUUCGCGUGUGCUUCUUGUAGAAACAAAAAGGAUUGUACAGUACAUAUUGACGAAGAAGAUUGGAAGAAAGAAAAUGUUAAAAAGCGCAAUGAGAAAUACUAUAACCUUAUUCCCAAGCUUGACAAAAGCGCGGCGUUGAAUAAUUUGAAAGAGGUUAAAUCAAGACAUCCAUCAGACAGAGCUUAUUGUAACACAUGUCAAGAGCUAUAUAUAAUCUCUCAAAGUAAAAAACACUUAAGGGACCAUAAAGUUGUUAUGCCAUUAACUGAAGAACAGCUGGCACACCCUACGUCAUUCUUGCCACCACUUGAAGAUGAUCAAAGAGAAGCCCAGUACAUAUUUACUAAGAAGGCUAUUAGCACUAUAUUAGGAAUAUUAAAAAAUAAUAAAAUUAGCAACCUACUUUGCAUUGGAACACCCUCAGUUCAUGAAGCAGUGCAAGAACAUUCUGAAUUUGAUUCCCUGCUACUGGACUAUGAUACUCGACACCAUUUAUUCUAUAAUCCUAACAAGUUCUUAUGGUAUAAUAUGUUUAAUAAUUAUCUGUUUAAUGGAAAUGAAGAUGAAAAAGUACUAAAGAAAUUUUUAAAGGCUUCUAGAAAUAAGGGAUUAUGUAUUGUAAUGGAUCCUCCAUUUGGUGGACGUGUGGAACCUUUGAUUCACACUAUAAGGGAACUCUCAGAUAUGUACAGUAAAGUAUGCGAUGCUGAGAAUAAAUUAUUGCCUGUUAUUUGGGCAUUUCCCUACUUUUCUGAACCAUAUAUUACUAAUAUGGAGCCAGGAAUAAAAAUGCAUGACUAUCGGGUUGAAUAUCAAAAUCAUAAGAAGUUUCAAAAUGCAAAAGGAGGACGAAAGCUUGGUUCUCCAGUACGUUUUUUCACAAACCUACCAUUUUCUACUAUUGAUUUAUCUAAUGAUAGUAGUUACAAAAAUUGUGAUAAAUGUAAAUAUUGGGUAUCUUCAAGUAACAAUCACUGCAACAAAUGUAAACAAUGCACAAGCAAGAAUGGCAUGACAUAUAAACAUUGCAAUCAUUGCAAAAAAUGUGUAAAACCAACAUAUAUGCAUUGUCAGACUUGUGGUCGGUGUUGCCAGGAGAAACAUAUUUGUGGUACUGUUGUGGAGUCACAGUCCUGCUAUAAUUGCAAUGAAAAGGGUCACAAGAAAUCUGACUGUCCACAGAAGAGUGAAGAAAAUAAUAUAAAGCGUAAAUUUAUAAAAAAAUUAAUG